AACUUUAAAAGCUGAUUCUGCUGCAGCUCAGCAGCUGCAGGGUAAAAGAGGAACACCCACCCGUGUUUCAGAGCUACCGGAGCCAGCUUUAGCCACCCCUGCCUCACCUGAAGACACCAAAGCUCUGUUCCCUGCUGCUCCUCCUCUUUGUUUUCCUCAGCCAAGGAUUUAUUUAUUUCCCGGUGCCCGGGUGGAGGUGCCUCUGCUGUGGACACUGACCCUUCCAGAGGCCAUUUCAGUUCAGUUUGAAGCAUCAUUUCUCAUCUGAAGAUCGUGAAAGUGGCUCUUGAGAGACUUGUGCUUUUCCCCCGACUCUUAAAGAACUAUUAAAAAGCAAAAGUGAGCUUUGCCAUUGGUGAGGGCCCCUCAGGCUGAGCUCCAGGCAGCACCCCAAUGACUUACGUUGCCAAGAAGUGUGGUGUCUGCUUCCAGCCUCCUUCCAUCAUCCUGCUCUACACAGAGGGCAGCCGGGAGAAGCCUCGCCGCCGCCUCAUGCCUGUCAGGAACUUCUCCAAGUUCUCAGUGGCUUUCUCUCCAGACUGCAGCUGGGCAGCUGAGCAGCUGAAGAAUCACCCUCGGCACAAGGUGUACCUGGAAGGAGUCUCCCUGCGUCAGCUACAGAAGAUGUACAGCUUGCUGAAGGGUCACCUGGGAGGAGAGAGCCUGGCUGAGAGCUUGGAAAAAUUCCAGCAGGAAGAGACCAUCAACCCAGAAGAGGAUAUGAACAAACUAGAUGACAAGGAACUAGCCAAAAGGAAAAGCAUCAUGGAUGAGCUCUUUGAAAAGAACAGGAAGAAGAAGGACGACCCUGAUUUCGUCUACGACCUCGAGGUUGAGUUCCCCCAGGAUGAGCAGCUGGAGUCCUGUGGCUGGGACGUGGAGUCAGAUGAAGAGAUCUGAUUCAGCACAAAGAUGUCUUGGAUGGGCAGUUCAGAGACAAACCUGACAGAGGGGAUUCUGUCAGGGUACACGUGCUGCAGCAUUUUCAGCCACUGAUGCACAUUACAUUGGCCACAGAGAACCCAAGGCUUAAGGUGCUACAGCAACUCCAGGUUUUGGUGAACUUCAAGAAGCCUGACUUGAUGGAAUGGAAAUUGGGCAGCUGACCUUACUGGAUGUUUUUAGUCUUUUCCUAUGUCUGAGUGCUUAAAUAAUUUUCAGUUCUUUACUCUCUCAGUUGGCUUCAGCUGAAAACCUCACCAGCUUUCCUUGGUGUGAUUUCUAUUCAGCUUUACCUGUAAAUGAAGUGUUAAACGUGUCUUGUAUACAGAUAUGAUUUAUUAUUACUUGUUGUAAUGUUAAAUAUGUACUAGAUAUGCUGGAUAAGCCAACAUUGCUUUGAGACUAUUACUCUCAAAUUCUGUGGGC